GACCAAAAGGGUUGGACGAGAUUUUUUUUUUUAACUAGUUCUCGGAUCUUCGGUUCGCUGCUCUGGGAAAGUCUCUGGUCCUUCGAGUUUAAUUGUUGGAUUAAUUUUUUUUUUCUGUUUGCAGAACUUUUAUUUUAUUUUAUUUUUACUCCCCCACCCCUGGGAUUAGGCGCAGAAAAUGACUCAUUUUAACAAAGGACCAAUGUACGGACUGUCUGCUGAAGUCAAAAGUAAAAUUGCUCAAAAAUAUGAUCCACAAAAGGAGGAGGAGCUGCGUUUCUGGAUGGAGGAGGUCACUGGGAUGUCCGUUGGAGAUAAUUUCCAACAAGGUUUGAAGGACGGGGUCAUCCUCUGCGAACUGAUAAAUAAGCUCCAGCCUGGUUCUAUAAAGAAAAUCAACCAAUCACAGCUGAAUUGGCACAAGCUGGAAAACCUGGGAAAUUUCAUCAAAGCCAUCCUGAACUACGGCCUAAAGCCCAGUGACAUCUUUGAGGCCAACGAUCUGUUUGAAAAUGGAAACAUGACACAAGUCCAGACGACGCUGCUCGCUCUGGCUAGUAUGGCAAAGACCAAAGGCAUGGACACAAAGGUUGAUAUUGGGGUGAAAUAUGCAGACAAACAAGCACGACACUUUGAUGAAGAGAAGAUCAAGGCUGGGCAGUGUGUCAUUGGACUACAGGCGGGUAUGUCAGCCCCCGGUACCCGCAGAGACAUCUUUGACCAGAAGGCAGCGCUGCAGCCGCUAGACAACUCCACCAUCUCCCUCCAGAUGGGCACCAACAAAGUGGCGUCACAGCGGGGCAUGAGCGUGUACGGGCUCGGCCGGCAGGUCUACGACCCCAAGUACUGCGCCGCCCCCACCGAGCCCGUUGUUCACAAAAAUGGCAGCCAGGGCACCGGCACCAACGGCUCAGAGAUCAGUGACAGUGACUAUCAGGCCGAGUUUCAGGAGGACGAGUACCACGGAGGUUACACCGACGACUACAGCUCCCACUAUAACGAUCCGAGCAUCGACUAUUAGUGGAGCCGUCUGCCUCCAGACCAGUGUUAUUCGAUCAAACAGAACAAAACUUCUGCUACCCUCACUAUAGUUCCUAUAUUCCUCUGGAAGCGUCAAAAGAAAAUCCCCGUUUUCUUUCCUGAACUUGACACUUUGAGCAGCAAAGCUUGUAGUGGUGUGGAAACCCAUUCAGAGAUAAAGCAACGUUUCCAACUGUAAAUCUAUAGCAGUGAAGAUUUUGACCAGCUGUCUAGAAUGAAGUGAAGUAAUUUCUGGUGUUUUUCCAGGAUCAAAGUACUUCUGAUCCGUAUGAAAGAAGUCCUCGGCUGUAGGAUUAUUUAUUUAGCUUGCUUCUCUGUUCUCAUUCCUGCACCCUCUGUUCAUCGUACUAUCCUUCUUUACAUUUUACCAUGUUUAAUCUCCUAAAGAAAGCUUUUUUUUUCUUUUUGUUUAUAGAUGAUGGGCAUAUAAACAUUUUUAACUGAUAGACAUAUAAAUCAUGGCUGAGUUAGUGCAAGCUGCCAAACCAGAGCUCGAUGUUACUGUCACACAUCUUUUUGUAUCACGUUCCUUUUUUUUAAAAAUAUAUAUAUAUAUAAAUCUUUCCCUUGUUUUACUCAGCUGUAUUUAUUGUGGUAACUCAUUGUAAGACAUUCCACUGUUGAUGGGUCAGUGUCGAUGGUAAGUUUGAAAUAAAGUCCCUAAAUYUUUGAAUUCUUUAAAA